AUGAACAAAAACGGAACAGCUAAAAUGAAUGAUAAUCAAAUUAGAGCAGAAGGUAGAAGGUUAUUUAAACGCUUCUAUAACAUUCCUGAUGGUGCUAAUCCUAAAACUCGUAGAAGCUAUUUAAAUGAAGCAAUAGAUGCAUAUGAAGAGUUUGACAUUUCAUCAGAAAGUGAGAGAUUAGCGAGAAUGUUAAAUGUUAAUAUUGAUUUCUAUUAUUGUGAUCCUCAACCAGAAGACGUGGACAUAAAUAAGGUAGACUUUCCAUUAGUGGAAUCAAUAAUGAUAGAUCCAGAAUUUGAAACAGUAAAUAUUUUAUUAACACAGAGUCCAUGUGGAAAACUUCACGCUGACAGAAUAACAGACGUUGAAGCACUCACCGGCUAUAAAGUUUGUCCAUAUUGUAAAGAAGAAGUUUAUUCUAUCCGUGAUGAUCCAGAAAGGAAAAACCAAAGAAGAUUUUUAAAGCAUUGUGAGAAAUGUAAAGAAAAUAAUGGAAGAUUAAUUCAAGACGUUCAGUUGCAAAAGACACAGCAACCAUAUUCACCACAUAUUACGAAACAGAAGAUAUAUCAGUGGUUAUUAGCUCACAAUUUGCAGAAAUAUUAUAAACCGACAAGAUAUUAUAUUACUUUUGACUUCGAAACAUUAGAGACUAAAGAAGAAUUACAACUUUCUGAGUGUGCAACUUUGAACGCUUACUUAAAACCAUUCAUGGUAUCAUCAACGGUUAAAUUAAACGAUAAAACAUAUACGAGGAAUUUUUGCUUAACUUCGAGUGAUUCUUUUAUUUCUGAUUGGAUUGAGUUUUUAUUUUCAACCUGUUCAUUAGUUGUUGAAUCAAAUAUGAGUCAAUACAAUGAAUUAUUGAA